CGCCAUGCCGCCUUCCACCACCUGGCGCAUUCAUUCUUUAUCCUGGAACUAAUUCGCUGUCGAACUUUUGAGCAGUAGAACUCGCCAAAAUGGCGCUGGGCGGAGGAGGCAACAUCAAGGUGGUGGUGAGAGUACGGCCCUUCAACAGCAGAGAACUCGAUCGCAAGGCACAAUGUAUUGUGCAGAUGAAAGGCGAGCAGACAGUGCUCUCUCCACCCACAAACGCCGAUGCUCGUAACAAGAACGCAAAGGCCGCCAUCGAAGGUUCAAAGACGUUCGCAUUCGACAAGAGUUACUGGUCCUUCAACAAGAAAGAUGCCAGCUAUGCUGGUCAAGAUAAUCUGUUCGAUGAUCUCGGAAAGCCGUUGCUGGACAAUGCCUUUGGAGGUUACAACAACUGUAUCUUCGCAUACGGUCAGACCGGUUCUGGAAAGUCGUACUCGAUGAUGGGUUACGGCCCAGAGGAGGGUGUCAUUCCCAAGAUUUGCAGGGCCAUGUUCGAACGCAUCGAGGAAGCUCAAAGAGACAACAACUUGAACUGUACCGUCGAGGUGUCCUACCUCGAGAUCUACAACGAGCGAGUCCGAGAUCUAUUGAACCCCUCGACAAAAGGCAAUCUCAAAGUUCGCGAACAUCCCUCGACCGGUCCAUAUGUCGAGGAUCUUGCAAAACUGGUCGUCCGCUCCUUCGCCGAGAUUGAACAUCUCAUGGACGAGGGCAACAAGGCCCGUACUGUCGCUGCUACAAACAUGAACGAGACCAGUAGUAGAUCACAUGCUGUCUUCACUCUCACCUUGAGUCAAAAACGACACGACGCAGAUACUGGUAUGGACACGGAGAAGGCUGCCAAGAUCUCGCUGGUCGAUUUGGCCGGUUCGGAAAGAGCUCAGUCUACGGGCGCAACAGGCGCACGUCUCAAGGAGGGUGCUGAGAUCAACAGGUCCCUCUCUACACUCGGUCGUGUCAUUGCUGCUUUGGCCGAUCUUUCUAGUGCGAAGCCUGGUGCGAAGAAGAAGAAUGCUUCCAUGGUCCCAUACCGUGACUCGGUUCUUACCUGGCUCUUGAAAGACUCCUUGGGUGGUAACAGUAUGACAGCUAUGAUUGCUGCAAUCUCACCCGCCGACAUCAAUUUUGAGGAGACUCUCUCCACCCUUCGUUACGCCGACUCUGCAAAGCGCAUCAAGAACCAUGCUGUCGUGAACGAAGAUGCAAACGCGCGCAUGAUCAGAGAGCUGAAAGAAGAGCUUGCUCAGUUACGAUCAAAAUUGACGACAGGAGGCGUAGGAGGCGAAAAUGGAGCUAUAGCAGCCGAGCAAUAUCCUCCAGACACGCCUUUGGAAAAGCAGAUGGUUUCAAUCACACAAGCCGAUGGUAGUGUGAAACAAGUCUCAAAAGCUGAGAUUGUCGAACAGUUGGACCAGUCAGAAAAGCUUUAUCAGGAUUUGAACCAGACUUGGGAGCAGAAAUUGCAGAAGACAGAGCUAAUACACAAAGAGCGGGAAGCGGCUCUAGAAGAGCUUGGUAUCAGCAUCGAGAAAGGUUUCGUUGGUCUAUCUACCCCCAAGAAGAUGCCUCAUCUGGUCAAUCUGAGCGACGACCCAUUGCUCGCCGAAUGUCUGGUUUACAACCUCAAACCUGGCACAACGACAGUCGGCAACGUCGACACGGCCAAGACCGCAGAGAUCAGACUAAAUGGAUCCAAGAUCUUGCACGAACACUGCACGUUCGAGAACGAAGACGAUGUUGUUACUGUGGUCCCCAGAGAAAAUGCGGCUGUGAUGGUCAAUGGACAACGUAUUGAUCAGCCCAAGAGGUUACGCAGUGGUUAUCGAGUCAUCCUCGGCGACUUUCACAUUUUCCGUUUCAACCAUCCUCAAGAAGCGAGAGCAGAGCGAGCCGAGGAAGGAAGUCGUUUGAAGCAUUCGAUCACAGCAGAUGAGAUUGGUGAUCCCUCGUCACCCUCACCGUCAGUCAGUCAUAGUCACGAGCGUUCUUGGAGUAAUGUCAGUAAGCUUAAUCCUGACUAUGAUCCGGACUCGAGGGGCAACUCUCCAAUGCCCAUGCGAAGUCUCAGCGGGCGCGAAAAUGAUUAUGAUCUUGCGAGAAGAGAGGCUGUCUCAUCAAUGCUUGGUUCGGAUCAAAAGAUCGCCGCCCUUACAGAUGAUGAGCUGGAUAACCUGUUUGAUGAUCUACAAAAAGUCCGAGCCGUUAGAAGAGGCAGACCAGAGAGCCGUUUGUUCGAUCUGAACGAAGAUGACUCGGACUCUGUAAGCUCUUUUCCUGUUCGCGAGAAGUAUCUGUCAAACGGCACUCUAGAAAACUUCUCGCUGGACACUGCUCUCACGAUGCCAUCGACGCCCCGGAAUGAUGAGGAAGAUGAGACCUUACGCGCAGCCAAGGAGGGUCUACAAAUCGAGCUUGAACGACAAAAAGAGGAAUAUCGAACACAAAUUCAGUCUGCCCAGGAUAUGAACGUCGAGGUCGAAACGAUUCGCGCCGAGAAGGUCAAGAUGGAAGAAAACCUGAAGUCUGUGAAGGAAGAUAUGGAAAAGCGACUUCAAGCCCAGAAGGUCGAGUACGACCGCCAACUGAACGAACUACGGAGUACUGCAGUUCAUCAGCCUGUUGACCGAAAGACUGGACUCACAGAGAAGCAGCUAUAUCUCGUCAAGUCUUGCAUUCAGCACUGGCGUCAGCAGCGUUACGUGGCCAUGGCCGCAGCCCUCCUACAAAAUGCAGCGACUUUGAAGGAAGCGCAAGUGAUGAGCCAGCAGAUGGACAAAAACGUUGUCUUUCAGUUUACAGUCGCCGAUGCUGGGCAUACUUACGGAUCAUCGUACGAUCUUGUACUGAGCGACAUUAGUGCCGAUGACGACAUGGCUCUACACACAUCUCGCAAGCCUUGUACGGCAGUCAGGGUUAUUGACUUCAAGCACAAUGUCGUGCAUCUAUGGUCGCUGCACAAACUACGGGCCCGUGUGCGGUUGAUGCGACAAGUGUUUCAAUACAUGGAUCGUCCAGAGUACAUUAAGCAUUUCCGUCUGGACAACCCGUUUUCCGAAUCAUGUUUGCCCCAAUACACACGAAUUGGAGACGCCGACAUAUCUCUCGCUGCCGUCUUUGAAUGUCGAGUUCAAGACUUCACGUUGGACGUCUACUCACCUUAUACGAAUACAAUGGUUGGCAUCGUUCGACUCUCUUUGGAGCCGUCGUCGGCCGAAGCACCCUCGUCAACACUGAAAUUCAACGUGGUGAUGCAUGACUUUGUGGGUUUCUCAGAACAAGAGGGCACUGAAGUACAUGCACAACUCUUCUUCCCUGGCAUCUCUGAGGAAGACGGCGCAUCAACAACGCAGAUGGUCUCGGACUUCGAUGAGGGACCAGUUCGAUUUGACAGCGUCCACAGCAUGAGUCUGCCGAUUGUAAGUCCACGCGAUUCAUGCUUGAGGGUUUCAGUGUUCGCUCGAGUCACCGGCACACAUCUGGACAAGCUACUCAGUUGGGAUGACAUGCGCGACUCAGCAGCCAGGCCACAGCUGAAGCGCAAUAACUCUCGCAUAGCAGAACAUGAGUAUUACAAUGAAGAGGGCCAUGAUGUUUUCGCUCGAAUCCAGGUUCUAGAAAUCGGAGAAGAUGGUUCCUACAAGCCAGUCGAGGUCGUGCAGAAGAAUAUCAUGGACACUGGCACGUACCAACUUCAUCAAGGUCUGCAGCGUCGCAUCUGCCUUGACUUGACUCACACUUCAGGAAACAUUCUGCCACUUCAGGAUGUUACAUCUCUGAGAAUCGGAAACGUUCAUCUCGUAGACCCUUCUGGCAAGGUGCCAGACCUGAGCUCGCAGCAACACGAUGUGACGCUGGCUCCAGUCUCACCUCCCAUCGUUCGCAGCAACCCCGAUGGUACGACCAGUAUUCAUAUCGUGAUGCACUGGGACUCCAGCUCUCAUGAAUCACUGCUGCUUGAUAGGCCGACAGCAGAAGGGUAUUGCGUCAAGUUAUCAUUCGCAUGGACUAUGGCAUCACCCAAGCUGGCCGAGCCUAUAGAAUUCACGACCGAUCUGGCAGUGCAGAUGAGGGGACGUUCGUUCAUGCGCCAGACGUCGCUAUUCUCUUCAUUAUUCAGUUCGUCACGUAUUGUUCGCUCAACCAGCGGCACGUUCUCAGUCACAGUAAAGCCGAUACCUUCGAAGCGGGCCGGAGAUCUGUGGCGUCUUAGCACGUCGAAUACAUACAUCAAGGGCGAAGAACUACUUCAAGGCUGGUCGCCUCGAGGCGUGUCGCUCAUACAUGAUUUCAUUGACAGCCGCUCGAGCAAGCGCAAGAUGGCAGAAAUUGAUGCGGCCAGAGGCGUGCUCAGCGCAAACAGCUUAUAUCUUGACACAGCGGCUACUGAACAGAGUCAAGAGAUGCCGGACGAGCGACAAAGUACUCUGCUUCGAAAGAUCCUCACACUCUGGAAAGCGGAUCCCGCGAUCGGCAAGCUAAUUCUCACCGAGGAGAAUACAAACUCGCCUCGUAAGGGCGCCGCAUUUGCCUCUUCUGCUAACGGCGCUGGUAUGCCUAUGUCGUUGGCCACGGUGCACUUCAUCCCGAAGAACCCGUCUUUGCUCAAAGCGGGCUAUCUUCUCACGCCAGAUCCGGCUGCUCGAACACCUUCUCGCUGGAUUCGCCGCUACGUCGAGCUCCGUCAGCCAUACAUGCAUAUACAUUCUGCUACGGCCACUGAGCAUGAAGAAAUUGGCGCCAUCAACCUCAACUCGUCUCGUGUUGAUGCUGCACCUCAAAUCGCCAAGCUGCUACGUAGAGAAGGGGGAACGCCCACUGCAGUGGGCAGAAAUGGCGUCCCUGCUGUCGCUGCUCCCGAGAAUGUGUUUGCAGUCUACGGCAGCACAAAAGCAUGGGUAUUCGCAGCCAGAACAGAAAGAGACAAGAGUGAAUGGAUCUUCGCCAUCGAUAGAAGUUACUUCGGGCCUGAGGGGUUUGAAGAUGACGAGGAUGAGGACGAUGGAUACUCAAGAUGAUCUUGACAUUCAUGAUUUUGACAAAAUCGGUCUGGUGGGAGGGGCGACUCUGAAUUUCCAAAGAACAAUCUCUGUUUUCGCGAAGGGUAAGAAGAAGAACUUUUUGUUUGACUUGAUUGCGAGAUACCCUUUUUCCUCUUUGUCCUUUUUAGCUCCGCGUAUGCAGGUUCGGGCGUUAUCAUGUUAUUAUAUCGUAUAAAGCACUGCACAAGUUAAGUCCUACUUUAGUUACGCGAUCUCUAAGUAAAGCUACUUACACAAGAAAUGGUAAAAGUAUUAGAAUGGCAUUAUAGAC